AUGCGUAAAUACACCUUUGCUGCGAACGGCAAAGUGACAUUCAAAAUCACACUGACAUCCGACCCGAAGCUGCCUUUCAAAGUACUCAGCGUGCCAGAUUUUACACCUUUCACUGCUGUCUUAAAGUUUGCUGCGGAGGAGUUCAAAGUAACCCCAGCUACGUCAGCGAUAAUAACUGACGAUGGUGUCGGAAUUAAUCCACAGCAAACAGCGGGAACCAUCUUUCUGAAACAUGGCUCAGAACUCAGAUUAAUCCCCAGAGAUCGAGUUGGAGGAAUUAGUUGAUUAUAGAGUUUUAUAUAUUGAUACAUAAAAAAUAAGCAUACAAGAUAAUUAUAUUUUAUUGUUCAUUUAUGCAAUAUGAAAUUUCUUCGUUAUUAUAAUUUUUUAAAGUUUGUAUUUUAACUUAUACGAUUCGCUCACUUAAUAUUGAUUUGAAAUAAAAAGUAUGUUAUAAAUAAUCAGAUUUCUUAAGCUUCAGAAUGGAAUAA